AUGACGGAGUGGACCAAGAAGAAGUACAAUGAAGCCUACACCGAAUACAUGCCAUGGAUAGAAGAUAAGGUCCUUGGCUACUGGGGCGAGAACAAGACUAGCUACACCGCCAAAGACAAACUCAACACCGACGUCACCGGUGACAAGAACGUCCAAGCCAUCCAAGGCGGCAUCGCCGAAGGUGUCGGCGGCCAGUUCUCAAGCGGUGGUCUGUUGGGUGGGGUCGGAGACAUGACGAGCAAAGAGGGGGUCAACCGCGCCGAGAGGGGGGGACCCGGGACUGGACCCGAAAGAGUUGGAAAAGUUGAACGCGCAGAAGAAGCAGAAGGGGUGGACGGAGACGCUAUCGAUGGGGUAUAUGGGGGGCAGCAAGUAGGGCGGUGGUUGCGGGGCGAUGGAGGUGGAUGGACAGGUUGUUGGGGUAAUUUGGAUGAGAUUGAUCACUCUUGCUUACGAGCUUGUGCGCGUUGGGCUUUUAUGACGACGGGUCGUUGUGGUGGACUAAUGUUGGAAUGCUUACAUACUGUUGAUGCUCUACCUGUUGAAGCAUGA